CCGCCGCCGCCGCCGCCGGUUCUGCGCGGGAAUCAAGCGCUCGAGGGGGCCGCUUCGUGUAGGGGGGGGGGGCGCUGUUGGUACCGGUCGUCGUCGUCGACGGGCCCAGCCCGCUCGGUAACGAGGAGCCCACGCGGGCCAAAAAACCGCGCCGAGAUUGGGGCAGCCUUCCCAAACGAGUACUGAAAAAAAGUAAUACCAGGACAACUUGGAAGAAGUAAAUAUUUCUUGUCAAAAUCAGCUGAGGCGCCAAAGCAAAAAUGCGACCAAUGCGUAUUUUUGUGAAUGAUGACCGCCAUGUCAUGGCAAAACAUUCUGCAGUUUAUCCAACUCAAGAAGAGUUGACAGCAGUUCAGAAUAUGGUCUCGCAUACUGAACGUGCUCUCAAAGCUGUGUCUGACUGGAUUAAUGAGCAAGAAAAAGGCAGCAGUGAGCAACCAGAACCUGAGACCAUGGAGACAGUAGCUGAAGAAGAGAACAAAGAAGGAAGGCAACAGAAGGCAACAGCAGAGCACUUGACUAGGACACUCCGUGGAGUGAUGCGUGUUGGUCUUGUAGCAAAGGGCCUCUUACUCAAGGGAGACUUGGAUCUUGAGUUGGUUCUGUUGUGCAAGGAGAAACCCACUAUUGACCUUUUGGAAAAAGUAGCUGAAAACCUUGGCACACAACUUGCUGCUAUUACUGAAGAUAAAUAUGAAAUUAUCCAAUCUAUCAGUGAUGCUGCAAUUAUCAUUAAGAAUACAAAAGAGCCUACACUGACACUUACAAUCCACUUGACAUCCCCUGUUGUUAGAGAAGAAAUGGAAAAAAUGUUAGCUGGAGAAACGCUAUCAGUCAACGACUCACCGGACGUUCUGGACAGGCAGAAAUGCCUUGCUGCCUUGGCGUCACUCCGACACGCCAAGUGGUUCCAGGCCAGGGCAAAUGGCUUGAAGUCAUGUGUCAUAGUCAUCAGAGUGCUGAGAGAUCUGUGUACCCGUGUUCCUACUUGGGCUCCACUUAGAGGAUGGCCUCUAGAGUUGCUAUGUGAGAAAUCUAUUGGAACAGCCAAUCGCCCAAUGGGAGCUGGUGAGGCCCUCAGAAGAGUUCUUGAAUGCCUUGCAUCAGGAAUAGUUAUGCCAGAUGGUUCUGGUAUUUAUGAUCCUUGUGAAAAAGAAGCCACAGAUGCUAUUGGGCAUCUAGACAGACAACAAAGGGAAGAUAUCACACAGAGUGCUCAGCAUGCUCUAAGGCUUGCUGCUUUUGGCCAGCUUCACAAAGUCUUGGGGAUGGAUCCGUUGCCAUCAAAGAUGCCCAAGAAACCAAAAAACGAAAACCCAGUUGAUUACACUGUCCAGAUUCCCCCUAGCACUACAUAUGCCAUCACUCCAUUGAAACGUCCCAUGGAAGAAGAUGGAGAGGAGAAGUCUCCAAGCAAAAAGAAAAAGAAGAUUCAGAAAAAAGGUAUUGAGCUGGCAAGAGAGGAGAAAUCAGAACCUCCGCAAGCUAUGAAUGCUCUGAUGAAGCUGAACCAACUAAAACCUGGACUGCAGUAUAAACUGGUGUCUCAGACGGGUCCAGUUCAUGCUCCUAUAUUUACUAUGUCUGUGGAAGUUGAUGGCAUCACAUAUGAAGCUUCAGGACCUUCCAAAAAAACAGCCAAGCUGCAUGUAGCAGUAAAGGUGUUACAAGAUAUGGGAUUGCCCACAGGUGUGGAAGGCAGAGAGAGGGGUGACGAAUCAGCAGAGGAAACCGAUCAGAAACCAGUAGCUGUUGCUGCUCCUCCUGUAGUGGAAACUAUUUGUACGCCCAGUGCUGCUUCUCCUUCAGAACAAACAGAGAAUGUGAAACAACAGGGACCAAUACUGACAAAGCAUGGAAAAAACCCAGUUAUGGAGCUAAAUGAGAAGCGACGUGGCUUAAAAUAUGAACUGAUUUCAGAAAGUGGUGGCAGUCAUGACAAGCGGUUUGUGAUGGAGGUUGAGGUUGAUGGCCAGAAGUUCCAAGGAGCUGGUUCAAACAAAAAAGUGGCAAAGGCCUAUGCUGCACUGGCUGCAUUAGAAAAGCUUUUUCCAGAUGCCCCCCUUCCGAUGGAGCAAAAGAAGAAAAGGGCCCCUAUGCCAGCACGAGGUGGUCCCAAAUUUCCUGUAAAACAUAAUCCAGGCUAUGGUAUGGGAGGCCCUAUGCAUACUGAAGUGCCACCGCCUCCAAGUUUGCGGGGUCGUGGUAGAGGAGGCAACAUCAGAGGCCGUGGUAGAGGCAGAGGUGGAUUUGGUGGUGCCAAUCAUGGAGGUUAUAUGAAUGCUGGAGCUGGAUAUGGAAGCUAUGGUUAUGGUGGCAAUUCUGCAACAGCAGGCUAUAGCCAGUUCUACAGCAAUGGUGGCCAUUCUGGCAAUGCAGGAGGGGGCGGUGGCUCCUCUGGCUACGGUUCCUACUACCAAGGUGGUGACUACAGCUCCCCUGCCCCUCCUAAACAUGCUGGAAAGAAGCCGCAGCACGGAGGACAACAGAAGCCUUCCUAUGGCUCAGGUUAUCAGUCCCAUCAAGGCCAGCAACAACAAUCUUAUAACCAGAACCAGUAUAGCAACUAUGGACCACCACAGGGCAAGCAGAAGGGAUACAACCAGGGCAACUACGCUUCCUAUUCAAAUUCCUACAACUCUCCUGGUGGCGGCGGUGGAGGAUCAGACUACAACUAUGAAAGUUAUGGUGGCGGAGGUGGAGGCGGUGGACGUGGUGGUGCAAAUAACUAUGGUUCAGGAGGUGCCUCCUACAAUGCCGGUGGCUAUGGGGGAGGAGCUGGGGGAGGAGGGUCAUCUUACCAAGGUAAGCAAGGUGGAUAUUCUCAGUCAAACUACAACCCCCCAGCUUCAAACCAGAAUUACAGUGGACCUCCCAAUUCCUACCAAGCCCCCCAAGCUGGCUAUGGCCGAAAUGACCACAGCAUGAACUAUCAAUAUAGAUAAACCAGUCUGAUCUUCGUGGGUGUGAAGCUUUGUUAUCUUCUAAACUUGCAUACCCUUUGAAUAUUGAGUUUUAUUGCAUCACAGUAAACAUGUAAACCCUGUUUCCAUGUUGCAGUGCUCUUUGUGAUAUCAGUCACUAAUGGUUGAGUACCUUGUAAUUCCAUACUUAGCUGUAUUUUGGACAUUUAAUGGUGUAUUUAAUGGUUUGUUAGUUUGCCAUCUCAACUUUUUGUCUAAAUAGAAUUUGAGUUCAGUAUCCCUUUUCUGUUUAAAUGACAUCCAGGUGUCAGACACCGCAUGGCUUUAACUAGAUAAGGGAUAUCUUCUGCUAAUGCUUUUGUGAAGUGAGUUUAAACAUGCUUUCUGUAUUUUAAUGCUUUAGUGUUUUUCAGUUUUAUAAGUGAGGAUUUUAUUUUAAAACUCGUGGGAAAGAGUGGGGUUUUUUUGUAUGUCUGGGUCAUUCAGACAGCACAUCUGGAUUAUGCUGAAUGUAGACAAAUAAACACAACUCUUCAUGUGUC